AUGCGGUACUGUCUCUUUAAGAGUCGGCUUGCACAGGGAGAAGUGGAAAUGAGUUGUAGGCCACGCCCACGCCCAUCUGGCACUGACUGAAAUACUACUAGUCAUGCAAAGUUGAGUUGCAUUUAAAUGCUUAAAAUACAUUUUAUAAACGUUAAAAGAGAGAGAGGCAGAGAGCGCGCAACAGUGUGGGCUGGGACUGGCUAAUUGGGUUGUUUGUGAUACAAGUAGCAACACAAGUCGAGGUCUGUGAAUUAGCAGUGUGUGUUGGAUUGCUAUGAAGAACAUGACUCUGAGGCGGCUGAAGCAGUUAAGCCGCAAGGAAGAGGAGUGGGGGAGCGCCACGGACCGGGAUGUGUACAGUGCGGGGAAGAAUGAGAUUUACCAGCCGGCUUCGGAGACAUUCAAAACCCUGGAUUCGUACAAAAACACCUCCGACGUUUACAACUACAAAACGCUGGCUUACUCCGGAGGAACGCUGCCCAGGAAUCACAGGAAGGGGGCAUCUUUGAAGUGGAAAUCUCUGACUCACUCGCCUGCACAGCAGAGGAAAAUUAUUAUCCUGGAGAAGGAAGACAAUGAAACGUUUGGCUUUGAAAUCCAGACGUACGGCCUGCACCACCAGAAUGAAAACUCGCUGGAGAUGUGCACAUUUGUGUGCAAGGUGCACGACCACAGCCCUGCCCAUGCAGGAGGGCUCAAAGUUGGAGACACCAUUGCCAGUGUGAACGAUGCCAGCGUGGAGGGUUACAAGCACAAGGAGAUGGUGGAGCUCAUCCGCUCAGCUGGAAACUACAUCAGGCUGGAAACUGUGUACGGAGAUUCGAUCAGGAAAGCCGAACUGGAGACCAGAUUACAGUAUUUAAAGCAAACCCUUCAUGAGAAGUGGGGAGAGUACAGGUCCUUAAUGGUGCAGGAACAGAGACUAGUUCACGGGAUUGUUCUGAAUGACCCUGCCAUGUAUGAAACGCUGGAGUCGGUGAGAGCCUGCAUCUACGGCACCAGCAGUGGAACCAAACCCAUCCCGUCCCCGAGUCCAGCCUCUGAUCGGCAGCUCUACUCCACCGGGAGGGAGCCCAUGCAGCACCCCGUCCCGUCCUCGAGUCCAGCCUCCCAUCAGCAGCUCUACUCCACCGGGAGGGAGCCCUUGCAGCACCCCGUCCCAUCCCAGAGUCCAGCCUCCCAUCGGCAGCGCUACUCCACCGGGAGCCCCUGCAGCUCAACCAGCUGUGUGAGGAGCAGCACAGUGGAGAGCGAGGACGCGCUGUAUCAAACCUGCUUCUUCGAGGAGGGGAUCCACAACUCCGUGGGGGACAAGGGGAAGCAGCCGGGGGUCCCGUGCAAAAAGGGACUGAGCGACCUGUUCAGCACGACCAAGAGCAGCCUGAGCAGGAGCGCCAGCACCAGGAGCUACCAGACCCGAUCCUGGGACAAAACCAGCAACAGCAGCAGCAGCAGCAGCCAGAGCAACUAUGGCUCCCUGCCACGUAAAAAGAAGCAGAAGAGCUUCCGCAGCACAUUCUUAAAGUUCAUCCCAGGACUCAAUCGCUCUCUGGAAGAGGAAGAAAGCAAAUUUUAGCUGCUUUUUUUUCUGGUUUUUAUUUUUUUGGUAAACCUUUUAAAGUUGUGGUUUUUUUUUUUUGGUUUUUUUUAAACAAUUUUAAGUUAUUUAUUUAUUUGUUUUUUUGGUUGUAAAUAGUUUCUUUAAAAACAAUGUUCAAAAGAGGGAUGCCAACACACGU